AUGUUCCGUGCUACAUCUCGCCUCCGUGAGUGCCGCAUAACUUUCUUCACUCGGAGUCCAUGCGGUCUGUGUGAUUCGGCGAAAGCAGUUGUCCAGAAUGUAAAAGCAAAAAGACCUCUGGAAUACAAGGAAAUCAACGUCAUGGAUCCAGGUCAGGAGGAUUGGAAAGCAGUCUACGAGUUCGACACGCCGGUGAUCCACAUCGAUAAGGCGGAGGCCUCGGAAACGACAACUUCAUCGUUGAAGCUUAUGCAUCGAUUCAAAGAAGAGGAUGUUACGAGUCUGAUGGACAAGGCAGAGCAGUCGUAG